AUCAAACUGCCCCUUUCCUUCCUACUUGUAAUUAAUUCCCUCAUCAUGACACCACCAUCAUCAAGUAAAAACAGGAACUGGUUAAUGGGAAAGCAGGCGUGCAAAGUGGUGAUGGGGGUGCUGAUUGCCGCUUGUUGGAUGGACCCAAGAGCAUGUGGGGUGGUGGAACACAGGGUGGGGGGAGAGGAGUGGGGGUGGACCAUCCCUCCCCACCACCACUUCUACGGCAACUGGUCUUCCUCCCGCUCCUUCCGGCCGGGAGAUACCCUUCUGUUUGACUUCGACCCCGUCUUCUACAACCUCAUCCAAGUCUCCAAUAGGGAGUACGAUGCCUGCACCGCCAAUCAGCCGUUUCAGGCCUUCACCGACCACGCUCCACCGCUCAUCAUCCCUCUCAGGGAAUCAGGUGUCUUCUACUACCUUUGCAGCCUCUUGAACUACUGUUCGUUGGGCCUCAAGCUUAACGUCUCCGUCCAGCCGCCCACCCCCUCCCCUCUUCCGCCGCCCAAUGGUUAAAUGGUACGUCAUAUAUGGGUCGAUUUCCUAGCUAUCCGGAGAGAGAGCAGAUAUACUGUAUCUGUCUUGUAAUAAAUGACUCCCCUCUCUGUUCAUUCUAGUAUGCAUGGUUAAUAGUUGAUUCCCUCACUGCCUAAAUGAUGAUACAUUUUCUCCAAUGCUCUGUAUUGAAAUAUUAUGUUUUCUCAUUAUA